CCAUUUGCGACAUCUCAACCCUUGAGCGCGCCACGACUCAAGAUUCCCGGUCCGGAUUUAGCCGUUGCGACCUAUAUCCAAGACAGUAGCAAUUAGCCCUACGCAAGGCCCGCCAUUGACCUCGGAAAUUUCCCAGCGUGACCCCGGUGCUUUUUUCUGAUACCCCAUUCGCAGUUGUGUCGGUCCUGUACGAUCUCGAGGAAUUUCCCAGCACGCGCCAAAUCAUAUUCCCCUAGCAGCAAACGAACCGGCACCAUGCAGUUGUUGACCAAUCCCUUCAAGCGACAUGACCAUCGCAACUUUCCCGGCGUUGUGAUUCCACUCGCCAAUGCCCCUUCACGUUCCAGCCAAAGCCCGAGUCCGACCCCGGUAGAAAAGAAAAUUGGCCCAGAUGACAAGGCUGACGACAGGAGUCUCGACCAAGCUGCCUCCGAGAAGGGCAUUGGUCCCGUCCCCGAGUAUACCCAUUUGACCCUUGAAGCUUUGCGUGCCGAAGUCGAAUCCGACAUUGCCGCUUCGGGGCACGAUAGCGCCUAUGACCGCAAAGCGAAAGUGAUCAACAGAGCUGUUCAAGAUAUCGGCAUGGGCCGUUAUCAAUGGGAGCUCUUUGCUCUCUGCGGUUUUGGCUGGACUGCGGACAACCUUUGGUUGCAGGGUGUUGCUCUAACUCUGACGCAAUUGUCCAUGGAAUUCGGUGUUUCGGAAGACCGAGUUCGGUUUACCACUUGUGCGCUAUUCCUGGGUCUUUGUCUGGGUGCUUCAUUCUGGGGUAUCGCAUCCGAUGUGAUCGGACGUCGUCCCGCCUUCAACUUGACUCUCCUCAUCACCGGUGUGUUCGGUCUGGCUGCCGGUGGUGGCCCGAAUUGGAUUGGAACCUGCGCCCUGUUCGCUUGCUUGGGACUGGGAGUCGGCGGAAAUUUGCCUGUUGACGGUGCUCUUUUCCUGGAGUUUUUGCCCUUUGCGUCGGGGAACCUCUUGACCAUGCUGAGUGUCUGGUGGCCCGUGGGUAACCUCAUUGCCAGUUUGCUUGCAUGGGCUUAUGUUCCCAACUUCACUUGCGAAUCCGGUCUCCCUGCCUGCAGCCAGGCCGGUGAAGGCGAACAGUGCUGUCGCAAGGAGGACAACAUGGGCUGGAGAUACCUCGUCUUGACUCUGGGUGCUAUCACCUUUGUCAUGUUCAUCUGCCGUUUCUUCCUGUUCCACUUGUACGAGUCUCCUAAGUUCCUGCUGUCUCGUGGCCGUCAGGAAGAGGCCGUCGAAGCCGUUCAGGGCAUCGCCUACAAAAACAGGUCCAAGACCUGGCUCACCGUGGAAAUCCUUAACGAGAUCGGUGGAUACCCAGAGGAAAGCGCUCCCCAGACUCUUUCCAACAAGCAAAUUGCCCAGAGAUACCUCUCCAAGUUCUCGAUGCAGCGCAUUGCUCCUCUUUUUGCCACCAAGAAGCUUGGCUUGACCACCAUUCUUCUGUGGUUCUGCUGGGCUACCAUUGGCAUGGGCUAUCCUCUUUUCAACGCCUUCCUCCCCCAGUACAUCAAGAGUGCUGGCGGUUCGACCGAGCAAUCGACCUACACUGUCUACCGGAACUACGCCAUCACUUCUAUUGUCGGUGUUCCCGGCUCCAUUCUCGCCUGCUACACCGUCGACAUCAAGUACGUCGGUCGCAAGGGUACCAUGGUCAUCUCCACCAUGAUCACCGGUGUUCUUCUCUUCUGCUUUACCGCCUCCACCAACCCUGACGUUCAGCUCGUCUGCUCGUCUCUGGAAGCCUUCUUCCAGAACAUCAUGUACGGUGUGUUGUACGCCUACACCCCGGAAGUUUUCCCCGCCCCGAACCGUGGUACCGGGACCGGAAUUGCCAGCUGCAUCAAUCGGAUCGCAGGACUGUGCGCCCCCUUGGUCGCCAUCUACAGCGGCAGCGGAAACGUCAAUGCGCCCAUCUACGCCUCCGGAGCUUUGAUGCUGGCUGCCUUCGUGGCCAUGUGCUUGCUUCCUAUCGAGACGCGCGGUAAGCAGACUUUGUAAAAAAAAAUCAUUACAAACAGGAAAUCAUACUUUUUUCUUUUUCUCUUCUUUUGGAUACUUUCAUCUUCAUUUCUAUGUUGCAUUCUUAUGCCUUGUGAUUUGAUUAUGUCGGAAUAGCGAUGGAAUUCGUCAUGACUCGCUUGAUACCUUUCUUGUCAUUUUUUUUCUCCCCUGCAUUUAAACCAGUUACGUUACCUCCCAUAUCUGCCUAUUCUAUC